CACGGGAGCCCAAAUGGUGCAGCAGAUGCAGGUGUCAGGACCAGCUAAACCGCCUUGGCUGUAGGAUGCUAAUAGUGCCCACGAAGGCGCUGGGGGGACAAGGAAGAGCUGACUUGAACACAUCCGCAGGGGGGCAGUGAAAGAGCAGACGGUGAGAGACGGUGACAGUGGGACAGGACAACGAACAGGCCACAUUGUGAGGACUUGCGAGGCGAGGCAGUGAGGCACCAAGAUGGUCUUCGGAAGGGCUUGCAUCCUUUCAUUUUCCUCAUGUCGUGCUUCAUCGGCCACCUCAUCGACAUCUUCAAACAUGGCCAUGCUCGGGGUUCGGGACGAAGCGGUAGCAGCGGUCGUAGCGGUCGUGGCGAGGUCACGCAUGCGUCGCCUGGGGUACGUUUUGCUGGAAGAAUUAUGGCCGGAGAUCGUCAGGGACGUUCUGGGGUGUGUGAGGGGCAGGUUUCAGCAGGUGGGAGGGAGUGAGAUCCGGGUUGGAGUACUCCGCACGCACAUACAGUACGGAUACCACUGAGCGAGUGGCAACGGGCAAGAUGAUGGAGGGGGACGAAAACGACGA